AUGGCCUACAUGACAAUUGCCGAAGUAAUUAAUGAAAAUUCCAACAACACAAUUCAAGUGGAAUUACACCAGAAUGAUCUGUGGACGUCUUUUCAUAGAAUUGGUACUGAGAUGAUUAUCACUAAAAAUGGAAGGAGAAUGUUCCCUGCUCCACGGAUCAAAAUUUGGGGUACCGAGUCAUUAUCAUUAUAUAAAAUCUACAUUGACUUUAUUUCACCAGACACUAACAAAUACAGAUAUCAUUACCAAAGUUCCAGAUGGAUGUCUACUGGUAAAACAGAUUCAUCUACAUGUAGUUCUAGUGAACAAACUUGUCUCUUCAAUAGACCCAUCUCAGGCAGUUAUCUUCAGGAACAGACAAUAUCAUUUGAAAAACUAAAACUGACCAAUAAUCCCAACAUGUCUUCGGGAAAGGUAUGCCUUCGAUCAAUGCAGAACUAUUACCCAAGAAUUACAGUUGUGAAGGUGUCAGAUUUGCAGAAAAAAAGUCACUCGCAAGAAAUAUACCAUAUAAUCUUCCCUCAAACAUCCUUCAUAUCAGUUACUGCCUACCAAAAUCAAAACAUAACACAGCUAAAGAUAGCAAGAAAUCCUUUUGCGAAAGGCUUUAGAGCAAAGUGUACAUUCAGACACUCCAUAGAUUCUUCACAGAACCUGCUUAAUCUCAAACAAUUCCAGGAUAUUAAGGGAAAAGGUCCGCAAUUUGGCGAAUUCAAAAGCAGACGCCGAAAAUAUCCGUACACAUCGAUAUGGAGAGAAAAGCCCUGUAAAGAACAAUGGCAUUGCAUUAUACCAAGUAUUAUUCUUAAAACAGAAGAACAUUUUGGAACCAUAAAUUCCCAUUUGUGCAUGGAUCAGUGUAUAGCAAAUGGAUAUUGUGAUUAUUAUGCUAGACAUCAUCAGUACAAAUACCAGUCAGGAAUAUCACAGAGUAUUAAAGAUGAAAUAUAGUGAAUUUAUUUUAAAAAUAGCAAACAAUAAGACGGUUUUGUCUCCAUCCGUUAGUAUCCCUGUCAUUUUUAUACGUCCAUUCACGUAUGUGUGUCGCCUAAAGGGCGAGUAUCCCUGUCAUUUUUAUACGUCCAUUCAUGUAUGUGUGUCUGUGUGUCGCCUAAAGGGCGCAAUUCUUAAUGGAUUGUCUUGAAACCGUGCAUACUAAACUUAUCCCGUAUAUUCUAAAGAUGGUCCCUUUUUUAUAUGUGUCUGUCGCCUACAGGCCGCAAUUAUGAAUGGUUCGUCUUGAAAUUUUUUAUACUUAUUCCUUAUACCCGAAGGUUGACCUCUAUUAAUUUUGGUGCAUGCUGGACCCCUAGGGGCAGAGUCACGUCCAACUUUUUAUGCGUUUCUUUGCUGUCUACAGGCAGCAUUUCUUGACGGAUCAUCUUGAAACUUAACAUACUUAUAUUCCUUAUACCCUAAGGACAAUCCCUAUUAUUUUGGUACAUGCACAACCCCAGGGGCAGAGCCACGCCCAUUUUAUC